AAACACACACGCACGCAGCCAUGAAACGAAGUCGUCGUGUCGUGCGUUGAGGGGGGUCCGCUUACGUUUUGUUACGAGGUGGCAUUUUAAGCCGAAUAAGGGGCUGAAUUCAAGCACUAUUCAUUCCCGUCUCGGCUCACUCUCAGUGAAGUUCUCAGUAGAAUGACGCUUCGCUGAUAAAGGGAGGGAGGUGUUCUAGCAGCACCGACCUCGUCCGGCAUCAGACACACAGAAAUCCGGUCGAAAUGAGCUGUGGAUGUGUGUGUGUGUGGCUGUGCCACCCAUGCGAAUGAGAGACGUCCGAGCCGAAUUCAGUGCAAGGGGCGACAUGAGUAUUAUGGAUGGAUUGCAUGAUGAGUGUAGUGUAUCGGUUGAGCGUAGUGUAUCUGUGUAGGUAGGAAGCAGAUGAUACAUGGAAGGUAGGGAAGACGGCACAUGCAGACAGGAAUGAUUCUGGGAAGCACAUGCAUGACAGAUGGAUGGCAAGAGGAAGGCAUGGCAAGGCGCAGCUAACACGAGUGGCCCAGACUACCACGAGAACAAAUGGUUGCGACAGGACGUGUUGAAUUGUCGCAAGGGUUAAGUGCGAGCUUUUGCGAGCCUGAAACGGUUAGGAUCGACCGUUAUUCAGGAUCGCCGGCUUCAAGAUCGCCGGCUUCAGGAUCGCCGGCCGAAGGACUUUCGAAGGACUUGGCCAUCCUGUCGUUAUUGCUUCUUCAGAUCAGAUUUUUCCGACAAACUUGACAGAAUCGUUGACUUUGACAGAUUUCUUGUUUUCUUUGCAUAUGAUGGACAUAAUCGUUAAUGUGUGUGCAUCCCCCGCCACCCUGUGUGGCAGCUUUCACUGAAGGGACGUGCGCGACCACCAGUGAGCGUGCACAAGCAACCUCAGCCUCGACAAAGAGAGACAUCAUCCCCACAUUGCGUCCAAGUGACUCAGGUGAGCAUCAAGCUUACGCACUGACUUCAUAGUGCGAGGACCUUAAGCGAGGGUAAGCACAAGCAACACUUCACUGACAGACAGUCACACACGUGUCGCGACAGGACGCCAAUCAACCGAACAGCAACCACACCAACCAGGAGGGAGCCCUCGUGCAUUUUGGUACACCGUCCGGGAGCAGCUUGAUAGCUCAGGACACCUGCGACAAUUCAACACGUUCUGUCGCAACCUCAAUGGUGGAGACGAGGCAUAGCAAGCGAAAGACGCAGCCGUCUUCAGCUGACGGAGGCGUAAACAAAGGGGGCGGUCCGAAGGGAAAGGGACGCAACACCACACAGGGGAAGGCCACGAAGGCGAAGAGGGAGCACACGAAGGAAGAGGAUUCAGACAGUGUGAUAAUGCACCGCCAGCAGCCAAGCACAGGAGCUGCCGCGCGCGAUGCAAAUGACAUGCGCGACGACCACCGGGUGGGUGAGAUCACGCAAAGAAUGACAGGCUUGGACCUGCAGAAGCCAUCGAUGAACAUCCGGCUCUUCACAGGCACGUCAGAUGUCCGGAUUGAGGACUUCAUUGAGGAUGUUAAGCUGGGCGAGCAAUUGUUCCGUCUUAAAGGGGAACGCCUUCUGCCAUACAUCGUGAGUGCACUGCAUGGCACUGCACACACAAGGGUGACCCGGUGGAUAUCAGCACAGACAGAGACGGGCGUAUGGGAGAACCUCAGUGGGGAGGAGCGAGUGGCCAGCCUCCUCGCCUACAUGAAGCGGGAGUUCGGCCAGAAGGAAUCACAGACCCAUGUGUUAACCGAGAGGAUGAAAACAUGGCGGCAAAAGCCCAAGCAGACAUUCGAACAGGCGUUCGAUGAGUUCACAGAGCUUCAUCAAAGAGCACGGACACCAGAACCCCAAGGAGUAGGGCAAAUCGUGGAUGGGUUGGAUUGUAGACUGAAAGAGGAGAUACUUCGAAAGGAGCCUAUUUCGCACUCGGAUCAGAUCAUGUACCUACCACAAAGAGACAGAGCGAGGCUCAGGCAGCAUUUGACCCGAUGGCAUAUGAGCCAAGCCUCAAAGACAUCCAGCCAGACGACCGAUUUGACCGCGUCGAGAAACACGAAGUGCAAGCAGUGAUCGGCAAGAGAAAACAUCGAGGCAGAGUGCAGUACAAGUUGAAAUGGCGAUGGUGGCCUGUCUCGUAUGCCACCUGGGAAGACGAAGGGAACUGCACCUGCCCCGAACGUGUGCAAGAGUACGAAAACCGGACGCGAGGUGACGAGCGUACCUUUGAUGAUGCGCCGUUCCCGAAACUAAAUGCGACGGUGAGGAUCACGCAUUGCAAGGAGCUCAAUCGUGAGCACGUCGUGAAGGUCAUUGGCCUUGACAAGCGAGGAAUCAAGAUGGAGUUCCUUGACGAGCCUACGCGCACCAAGCUAUCCAGGAGGGAGAGCAUGGUUGGGGAGAAAAGCAUCAUCCAGCUGAAGGACUUUCUGAGGGACUACCAAUGGGAAGCUGAGCUUGGCUCAGAAGCAGUAGCCGCAGGCGAAACGAUGCUGCCCACUGAUGCCCUCGAGCAGCAGGUCUGAAGGGCAACAGCAGCGGCCGAAGGAUGAGAGGAAAUUGAACCCGUCAAAGUACCUGACAGCAGCAGCACCAAAAGAGGGGCUGCUCGUGAGGUUGUUUCUCGAGCCUUACAGUGUCAUCGUUGAAGCCGAAGCCCUCGGGCAACAGCCCACCGACGGGCUGGGG